AUGCCGCGGUCCUUCCUGGUGAAGAAACAGUACAGCGCCAAGAGAGCAAACUCUGGGAGCCUGAAGUCACAGACUGGAGAGGCCCCCUGCAGCACCCACGAAGACUCUCAGCUGCACAAUGACACCCCCCCUCACCAUCAUCGUCCAGCCCCGAGCCCAUGGCUACAGCAGAGAGCCCAGUCUCUCUCCUCCUGUCCUCUUUCUCUCAGAGCAGAUCGACUGUCUCUUCCAUCUUCUCCUAACACCUCCCCACUCUCCUUUUUGGGCCACUCUUCAGAGGCUUACAGCAGAAGCACUGCAGAUGCCUUCAAACCAGCUGAAUCCUGUACCAAAGGGAACCUGGAGCUCCAGUGUGUCACAGGAGACCACAGGAGGAGAGAGAGCGUCGUCCCUUCAUCCCUGCCUCUCCUGGCCCUCUUUCCAAUCAUUCCUCCCGGCAGCAGCAGCCAUGAGUGCUGUGAGUGUUUGGACUGUCAUAAAGAGUUCUUAACCUUCUCGAGCCUGACCAAACACAAGCGGCUCCAGUGUGAGUGGAGCGGUAAGAAGUACUUCAGCUGUAAGUACUGUGAGAAGGAGUACGUCAGCCUCGGAGCUCUCAAGAUGCACAUCAGGACACACACACUGCCCUGUGUGUGUAAACUCUGUGGCAAGGCCUUCUCCAGACCCUGGCUGCUUCAGGGACAUAUACGAACACACACAGGAGAGAAACCAUUCUCAUGCUUCCACUGCAGCAGAGCUUUUGCUGACCGAUCCAACCUGCGAGCUCACCUCCAAACCCACUCUGAAGUGAAAAAGUACCAGUGUUCAAGCUGCUUCAAGACCUUCUCCAGGAUCUCACUGUUAGCUAAGCACCAAGAGGCUGGCUGCCCGCUGUCCUGACAGCCUGUUAACGUCAACCUGCUCACAAAUACUCUUCUGUAGAGCUUCACUGGUCCACAU